AUGUUUAAACCAACCACGUGUAAAGCCCGACAGAAAGUAGCUGUAAUAAUACCCUACAGGGAUAGGUGGCGAAAUCUCAUGGAUUUUUUAUCGAACGUACCACCGAUGUUAAUACGUCAACAAAUAGAGUUUACUAUAUACGUCAUUGAACAAGAUUCACCUGCCAUAUUCAACCGAGGGUUAUUAAUGAAUAUUGGUUAUUUAGAAGCCCUAAAGAUAGACAAUUACACCUGUUUUAUCUUCCACGAUGUCGACCUAUUCAAGCUACUUCAAAAUGCCGUGAAGAGAAUGCCAUAUGAUGGUUUAAAUAGUAUUGUAUAUACAGUCAACAAGAUGCAGAAGUUAAAGAUUUAUACUCAUAUACAUAUAUCAGUUGAUAGACAAAAAAUAGAACAAGUAGGUACAUAUUUACUGAUUGUCCUAGAGUUGUAUAUAUGUGGGAGGGUGGAUGUGGCGUAUGUGUGAGGGUGGGUGGGUGU